ACAGCUUGAAAGUGUCACUGUCAGGAAAAAGUCAAAAAAAGUGACGGACAAUUCAGAGCGACCAACUUUAAAUAGGAAUAGUUUGUCAGCGGUAAAAAGAAGACAUUGGAAAUACUUUCUUGAUUUCAACCCAAAAAUAUUUUAAUCCUUUAAAUACCUGUAACGAUGAGCUGUAUCCCUGCCUCACACAGUAUGAGCACCAUUCUCAGUCAAGUAGAAUCUCAGAUGGAGGACAGUUCAAUGGAGCGAAGAGGCAGCAGAGCCUACCAGAUCUUUCCAGAAGCCGACAAAAAUGAAGACUCAGAUUCCAGUUCUUACCCUGAUGACUUUCUGUAUAAGAGGGAGCGUCUCCCCUCUAUUGUUGUGGAGCCCACUGAGCUCAGUGAGUUGGAAAGUGUGGCGCAUCACUGGCCUCGUCAAUGCAAAAUGAGCCACAAUGUGGUUGAAGAGGAGGAAAGCUCUGGUGAUCACACAGAGGCCUCUGUGGAUGGAGAUCAGCAGGAGGAGAUGGGGAUUGAAGAAAGCUCAGUUGGCAGGAAGUUUUCUAUUGGACCGUCCCAGAGUCAACUGUCCCUCUCCCGUCUAACUCCGCCUGCCUCCCCCACCCACCUUGAAGCUGCCCCACCAUGUCAGAAGAGUUGAACCAGUACAACCAGUAUGGACUGACACCAUUGCAGUUUACCUGAAUUGUGUAUAUUUAAAAUGUAUAACCAGUUCAUGAGUACUAUACCAAUAAAUGAUAAUCCUAUUGGGAAGGGUGAGUAAAGUGAGGAUGCAAGAUCCAUUUCAGAUAACUAAUAUUAAGGUGAUCCAGUAUUACUAUAUCCAGUUUAGAAUUAUCUGUGGUUAACUGCUGCACUUACUGUAUCUGACUUGUGGACUGAAGUAAUGAGUCUGUAGCGACAACCUCCAGUACUUUUGAGGGUGAAUUUAUUCCUUUGCAACACCAGUCUCAUUCUACAGCACGCAUGUGAUGAAUUAUCCAGUUUACUAAAGCAUGAAGGCCCAGACCCCAAAUGUCUGUUAUGGCUGUUACCGUAGCAAUGGGAGCUACAACUGUGGCAUGGAAUAACUUCGUCAUUGCAUUAGUGGACCCACAGAAUGGAGGGCACCUCCAUCAUGUCAAAAUAAUUGACCAGUAUGUGUAUGAGGUUUUCACAGAUAUGAAUAUUGAAUUAAAUUGCCUAAUAAUUAAACUGUAUAUGUCAACGAGUAAAGUGUACAGUCCCUUCGAAAUGUAUGUUUUUUUUUAAGUCAUAGUCAGAGUAUAGAAGUCAUAGUAAUGUCACCAACUGUAGUAUGGAACAUUUGCAUAACAGUUACAGUUAUAAGGCCACAUUCAUGUUUACAAUGCUCACUAUAUCAACACCUUCAUAUAAUUCUAUCGGUUCAGCCACAUUUGAGAAUAUAAUAGAUGGCGACUGUUGAGAUCAUCAAUGUUAAUGUUUUUUAUAGCCACAGAUUUUGGGUGAACUUCUCUUUCCGUCAUCUUGUAAGAAAAACUGUAAAAUCUGAAAAUACAAUUUCACAACUA